AUUAUCCAUUCUACUAGUUUCAAGAUACAAAUUAAACAUCAUUUCUAUUAUGUUACAGAAAACGACUUCUAUAUGUUACAAGCAUGGCUUCAAGAAAGGGUCGAAAAGAGAGGGAAUACUACUUAAAAAUUGUAUAUAUAUUGUUUCAAAGAGUCCCGCGAGUUCUCGAGAAACAUAUCGAGAGAAAACAUAACAUCGAACUUCUUGUUGCUAUUGAGAAAACGGAGGAAGAUCUAAAAAAAGUUUUAACAAUAGAGGAAUGGAAUCAUAUAUUUCAUAUUAAAAGUAUCUACAAGCAUCAGUUAUAUCCUUAUUACGAUGGUAUUUUGUUGAACGCAACACUUGAUACAUCUGUCAUGGAUUUUUUAAUAAAAGAGGGAGUAUUGACACUGGAAGACAGUGACAAAGUAGGUAUAUGCGCAGGUCAGACAGAGAAGAACAAAUUUAUAUUAGAUAGAAUGAUGGACCAAUCAGAAAAUGCAUGCGAUCUUUUUCUAAAGGCUUUACAAAGAGACCAUACAAAUUUUGCAGAGAUUUGCAUGAAAAUCAACACACAGGAAGUUGAUCUGGUUCAACUGGAGGAAAACCAAGAAAUUGGUCACAACUUGAUUCGUAUUAGAAAGAACUAUUAUAUGUUAGUACGGGAACUGUCUAAUACCUCUGGUAUCAUUGAUCAUUUAAUAGAGGUUGAAGUUCUUAAUACCGAUGAUAUGCAAGAAAUCAUGUCUAUUGAUGUACAAUCUGAAAUGAACAGGAAGUUAAUUUCAAAGAUUAGAACAGCAAAAGGUUACUCGGAGUUCCUCGUUGCUUUGCAUGAGGACGAAGUGAGUUCAGUGGUGGCUGAUAUCAUAGAACGCACACCUGUAAAAGAGGAGGACAUUGCGCGUUAUAAACCAACUCCUCAAUAUCAGAGUAUUGGAACCAGUUUAGGAUUAUCCAUCAUGAUAUCAUUAUGUGCAACUUUUGACAAAGUGACCAUACCAAAGGCUGGGCCAAUCAAAGAAGAUAAAAGAAUUCAGGCAGACCUGAAACGAUUGACCGUACACAUGCAAUUCAUUAUUGAAGAAGAGGAAAUUAACGAGGCAACGUACAAUCAUCUGGCUAGUGAGUUGAAUAAAAUUAUUCAAAGACUUGGUGGUGAAGACGUCACACAAAGUUGCGACGAAUAUUUUAAGUCAUUAUCUUGCGGACAUGAGAUGAACUGUAUAUUGAACAAAAUAAAAAAACAAAAGCGAAAAGAAAGCAUUGAAAGAGAAAUUAUAAGAGAAAUAGAGAUCGAAAUGAAAAUUCCGAAAAAUGUCCGAGAACGGCAUAACGCAUUGAUAACCCAGUGGGAAAGAAACGAUGAAGUUUUUUCUGUUACUCGUGCAACAGGAAAAAUCAUGCAAAUUGUUCAAGAAAAUAGCCAUACAACAAUUGUCGGUAGUCCAGGGUCAGGACAAACUUCCAUUUCACGGCAUGUAGCACUGGAACUAAAACAGAAAGAGGAGUAUCAUAUUGUUCCUGUCGACAGUGUCAAGGAGAUAUUAGCGUAUGGAAACGUUAACUCGAGACAAGUAUUUGUUCAUGACGAUAUUUUAGGUGUUUAUGGUGUUGAUGUGAACAAUGAAAACAAAUUAGACUCAAGAUGCAAGGCUAUUGUCAACCUAAUGGAGACAAGCGGUUCAAAACUCGUCAUGACAUGCAGGAAAGCUGUUUUCAAUUCCGUAAAACUUACAGCGUCGCUAGUUUCAAAAGAUGCGUUUGAUAUAGAUCGAGAAGAGAACAAGUUGACAAGAGAAGAUAAAGAGGGGAUUCUUAAAGCUCAUUGCAGCAAACACAAUGUUAACCCUGACAUGUAUGAUUCGUUAUUUCUUGAAUCAGCUUUUAUCAUGUUUCCAUUAUUAUGCGAGUUGUUUGCUAACCAGAAAAAAUAUCAACAGAUCGGCUCUCGAUUCUUCACUCAUCCGUAUGAGUGUUUAAUAGACCAAUUAAAGAAACUUCAAGAAAGAAGCACACGACAGAAGGGACAAACUGAGGGAUAUUACUAUGCAGCGUUGGUUAUGUGCAUGAUAAAUGGUGGUAAACUUUCAACGGACAAUUUCCCUGACCCUGUCAUCAAAGGAGACGUUUAUGAACAGUGUGAAUUGGAUCAGGGAACCUCUAAGUAUACUAUUCUGAGAGCAUUAGAAGAAUUGGAAGGCACAUACACUGUAAAUUCUGGUAAACAGUUAUCGUUCAUUCACGAUACUAUAUUCGAAGUAAUUGCUUAUCAUCAUGGGACGAAGUAUCCGAAUCAAAUAUUAAAAUAUUUGUCAACCAGUUAUAUAACAAAUAUGGUCACCGUAGGAGAAGCCCAUAAUGCUCUUUGUAUUCUCCUGCAAGAACAUGAUUAUCAUUUAUUAGCAGAGAGAAUAUACAAAGACAUACAGAGCAUAGAACUGAAUCACGUUUUUAGAAAUCCAGCUUUAAUGCACAUUGCUUUUUUCAAAGUUUUCAAACAAAUGUUACAAAACAAACCAUAUAAUGAACUAAAAAAUCUUUUUCCACAAUCAAGACGAAACGAAUUGUACAAAUAUUGUUGA